GUGGUGCUGUUGUGUUUGGAUUCUCCCUCCUUGGUUUCUCACCAGGUUACCGAGCGGCAGACUCCAAUUUACAGUCUGACAGCAAGGAAUAUUUAAAUAGCGUUUACCGGAGACCGGAGACAAAGUGCAUUGUCGUUUUUGGCGCGGUUCAAAUUAUUUUCACCAAGUUUGACUUUUGAAUACCUGACGUGUUUAUUUUAUUUUUUUUAAUCCUGCACGUUCACGUUGAGGUUUGGAGAAUAAACGAAGCGAAGAAGUUUGUGUACAUCCCUACCUUUCCCCCUGGAGGAAAUGAAGACCUCAGUAAAGAUGGUUUGGGGGUAGAUUCAUGGCGUUCGAGUUUGAAGUGGAACGGAUCAAGGUGGGGAAAAACUUCACUCGGAGGUGACUGUUCCGGACUGACGUUGCGCACAGUGUCCAUAACAGAUGGGAAAAGAAAAGAUGCGCCUGUUGAGCACAUCGUGCUGGUGUCAAAGCGAAGGAAUUCGAAUGAAUGCAUUAAUUUACGGUGUGAUGCAGUUAUUUUUGCUUCUUGCUAUCAUACGGUCCUGUCAGGGAUGCCCGGAAAAAUGCGCAUGUUCCUCGCAAACAGUAAAAUGCCAAAACCAGGAUUUGGACGCAAUUCCGAAUUUCAUACCUGUCAAUUCUAAGUUACUUUCAAUCACGGGAAACAACAUUUCGAGCAUCAACGAGGACUCUUUUCCUAGCCACCUGGAAUUAUUGACAGAUCUUGAUCUCAGUGACAAUGAGAUGGAGGCUGUGGAGGAAACUGUGUUUCAUAACUUGCCAAACCUAGAACGGCUGGAUCUGAGCAACAAUAACAUCCAAACUUUCAGCGAAAAGGCUUUUCCAGAUGACAACAAAUUGCAGGUGUUGAACCUCAGUAGGUCUUUUCACAACCAUUCCUCUGUCAAGGGGAUACUGAAUGUCCUAGAGAAUGGAAACCUCCUCCACCUGGCAGUUUUGGAUUUGUCCAACAAUGACCUUGUGCUUCUGCCUGAUGAUUUAUUUGCAAGUUUAUCCAACCUGGUCAAGCUCAACUUGCAGAAUAGCUCCAUCAUCUCCAUCCCCGAUGGGAUACUGACGUUGCCGCAACUGCAAGACCUUGAUCUGAGGCACAACCGUCUCAGGAAUGUUCCUUCCACCUCCCUGAUUGAGUUCAACUUGAAGUCAGACCUUCAUAUUCGUUUGGUAGGGAAUCCCUGGCGUUGUGACUGUUCUAUUGAUGACUUGUUGGUGUGGCUGAAGAACUCCACUCAGGUCACGGAUAUGAAGAACCUUACCUGUGCAGACCCUGAGCGUCUGAGGCGCCAGCCACUAUUGCAGGUGGAGCAGUCCCAGCUGAAGUGUUUGGGCAACAUGGAAGGCGUGCUGGAGACUUCGUAUGUUUUCCUGGGGUUGGUACUGGCACUGAUUGGUGUCAUAUUCCUGUUGGUGCUCUACCUGAACCGCAAAGGUAUCAAGCGUUGGAUGUACAACAUCCGGGAUGCUUGUAGGGACCACAUGGAGGGAUAUCAUUACAGGUAUGAAAUAAACUCGGACCCACGUUUGGCCAAUCUGAGCAUCAAUUCAGAUGUGUGAGCAAGAAUUGGGCUGUUGUCCAGCACCCCCAGUGACACAUUAAUAUGACUUCAUACCACUGGAAUUUGCAUGAGUCUUCCUGCCCCCCUUGUCGUGGCUCCCAAUGAACCCUUUUAUCAACUCACUUGUUCAACUACGGUUGCAUGUUCUGUACCCCGCAGCUCUGCUCUGAUAGAGACUAGUGAUCUUUUUCCUUACAUGUGUGACCGUUGCAUGGACAAUCAGUCAUUAUGAUGAUGGUGAAAAGACUGGUGAAGUUUACUUUGCCUGAAGGACAAACAAAUAAACACACUGGCUUUUAUUAACGCAAUGACAGAAUAAUCCAUAUUCUACUGAUCGUCACAUCCUUCUCCUUAUGUCACUGCUGAAGAGAAAUUAUAUUAAGCGUGUCUAGGUUUUUUUUCUCUGUUCAAUAUGUGAAUUUGUGAUCAAUAGUUGGACUUGUUUGUAUGAUUAUAGUGCACUUUUUUUUAUUUAUGAGAUGGAUAUGACUCAUUUUCCUUGUGAAAAUGUUCAGCUCAAUAAAAUGCCUCUGAAUUGCUUGUAUCCACAUUGACUAAGGGCCUUUUAAUCAUCAGAAAUUGGCAGACAGAGGAGUUUGUAGCUAUGCACACAUGCAACAGGUGUGCAUCAAGCACCCCUAAAUUCCAUCUAACAUGACUCAAAAUACCAUUUGUGAUUCCUAAUACAUUGUACUAUUUCAAUUUGUAGUUUGAUUUAACGUAGUCAUUUAUGCAUGCACUGUCGAUAAGCUUUACUCUUCUGCUGACAGCGCCCUUCAUCUGCACUCUUGUAGCUUGUUUGAAUCAAAAUUGCUAUUUUUACGAUUCAAGUGUGUGAUGCAGAAUUAAAAUUUAAAACGUGUCACACUGGAUAUUUGUUGUGCUCUCACGGACUUCGUCCUGCAAAAAAUGUUCUCCCUCUCAGUUUUUGCCUUGAGUGUUUAGUAAGGUGACCUUUAACGAUCAAGAGCAUUUUUAUAAACUCUGACCGGAGUGACCUCUCAU